AGUGCAAGCCCAACAUCUCACAUCGCCACCAAAUAAAAUCAAUGCACAUGGGAAUUGAGGAGGAGUAGACACACAACAGUUUUCUGGAUCUCUUUAAAACGUGACUCCCACUCCCCGGGAAAGAAAAAAGUAGAUACAGUGCCCCGCCGAUGUUGGCACAGCACUGAUGGGGCAGGAGUGGCUUACAAAAGAUCACUUGCCUCCCAGGACCGUGCCUCCUCUACUAACUUCUAGAGUCUUCUGGCGCAGUCUCCUCUUACCGUCAACAACAAGAAGUAAUAGUGAUGAUGAUCAUAGCCACUAACAUUGAGCCCUUGUGUGCCAGAUACUGGGCUAAGCUCUCUUCCAUGCUGAAAGCAACCCCUUGAGACUGGUAUUAUUAACUUCCUUUUAUAGAUAAGGGAACAGAGAGAUUAAGCAACUUGCCAAGGGCACCCAGGUAGACCUGGGAUUUGUUUUGAUCUAUAGACUAUAUUUGGGCCCAGCUGGUUGUGCUUCUGACUGUAGAAAUGUGUCCCCAGCUCACCUGCUGAAUAACACCUUUAGUGUAUGGGCAUCAGGCUCAUCAGUUUGACCUCAUCAGCACCACUAAUAGUAAGCACCCACCCUGAAUCAACAACUCUUCAUAGUCAUAUUGUUAGCCCCCUUUUAUCAGUGAACAAACUGAGGUUCGAAUAGGUAGAAAAACGUAUCUAUCAGGACACACACAGUGGCUCACACCUGUAAUCCCAGCAGUUUGGGAGGCCAAGGAGGGGAGAUCACUUGAGCCCAGGAGUUUGAGACCAGCUUAGGCAACACUGUGAGACCCUGUCUCUACAAAAAAUUUAAAAAUUAGCCAGACAUGGUGGCAUGUGCCUGUGAUCCCAGCUACUUGAGAGGCUGAGGCAGGAUGAUUAUUUGAGCCCAGAAUGUGUAGGCUACAGUGAGCCAUGAUCAUGCCACUGCAUUCCAGCCUGGGUGACAGUGAGCCCCUCUCUCAAUAAUAUAAUAAUAAUAACAAUAAUAAUAAUGUAUCCAAGAUCACACAGAUGGAGAAGCAGCAGAGCUAAGAUUCAAGUCCAGGUCUGUCUGGCUAUGAGGCACCUUCUCUCUCAAAAAUAUUAAUUGUUGCAACAGCAUCCUUCCAAGACUCACUAUUUGAGGACCAUCUUAUGUAUACAUAUAUGUGUGUGUGUGUGUGUGUGUGUGUGUGUGUAUCCAGUUGCAGGUUAUCAUUGAAUCAAAAACAAUCACCACUAUAAACAGAGUUCCCCCAUCCAUUUAGUCAGUGUUCAAUUCAGAGUAAAACCUUCAAGAAAGAAGGGAAGGGAGACUGUCCAGAAAGUGAGAGGCAAGAAAGCCACUGGAAUUUAACCUUACCUGGUCUGGGGGCAAAGCUUCAAGUAGUAAUGACAGGGGACCAAUCCAGACAGAAAGUAGGAUCUCUAAGGAAGGACAAAUAAUUUGAGGAGGAAGCCAAAGCAAGAAGUAAGAUCAUGUGGAAAUGAGGGGGAUUGAGGUCCAGAGUGAUAGUGUCCAUGGGAAUGAGGUAAGUGAAACCAGAAAAGGAACCCAGGAUGGGCAGAAAUGCGGGUAAUGAGAAAUGAGAACAGAGUGAGGCCAGGCUAGACAUCUUGUGGAGCGAACUGAGGCCGGUAUCUACCCAGGGCCACUCCCUAGAUCCUUAGGCCUUCAUAGAAACCUUUGCCCCACCACACCCCAUCUCUGACAGCCUUUCUCUGCCAGGACAAGUUUGUCGUCUGCUCUGAGCUAUCAAGCCCCUUAGGAGACCUAAGACCCAGCUGGGUCCCAUCCCUUUGGAGUUAACUGCUUCAGACUAGCCUAGGAAGCACCUAAUUCUUGUGGGCAAAGGAGCCAUGGAAGAUAGAGCUGGUCAGCAAGAGCAGGAGAGACACAGCCUCCGUCUGGAAAAGCUACAACAUUGGGCGAGGCACAGGCAGAGUGGGCACCUCUUGGUGCUGGCGGUGAGUCAGCUAUGGCUGGCAGUGGUUGUGGUGCCCCUUGCUGUCUCAGUCACCUGCCUGAACUCUGAAUGUCACAUGGCCACAGCGCUGCCUCUUGGGCCUGGAGCCUCAGGUCUCCUCACUGGGACUGUUACCCUAGAGCUUCGCAGAGCACCCCGCCUCUGGAAGGUGCGGGCCAUGAUGAUAUUCAACACCUUCAACUUGAUCUUGGGUUUCAUCGUGGUGGUGGUCGAGGUGAUGAAGACAGCCUUGGGGCCUGCCCCAACUGCCUCCUCCCAGCAUGCUGGCUUGCUGGUGCUGGAGCUCAGUGCUGAGGCCUUCACCCUAGGGGGAGUGCUGGUCUCAGUGCACGCCCUAUUCUUGCUGAGCCAGAGGAAACCAGGAUGCUGCAGGAGCCAGAGUCUGCACUACCAGGAGCUGCAGGAGGGCUUCUCUGAGUUGGAAGAGGUUCCUGGUUUGGAGAAUGGUCCCACGGUGGCCAGCACAGGAGCAAAUGAGAGGGCGGGACAGCGGGAACAGACACGUGCUGCUCUCCUUCCACCCUGAGAGAAUGCUCUCCAGACAUUCCUGCCCCACCCCACCAAACUCAGAAGCUUGCUGGGAUCCUUUGAGUCCAACAGGAAGUCCGGGAAUGCCUUCAGUUUUCACUCAGAGCAGGCCCUUUUUGCGUUCCUUCCCUGUUAGGGGAAGAUAUACCUGGACGAGAAUAUAUCUCACCUACCACCUUGAAAAGCUGCUUUCUCCCUUCCAUCCAUAUCCUCCCUGUCACCUCCCCAUACAGCUUCACAUCUGCCUCGUCUCACUCUUUUUUUCUGUCCACUUUUCAUAAUCCCAUCCACUCCAAAUCCUGGACCCUGCACACGCCAACUCCCUGAAUCCAAUUCAGGAGUGCCCCAGUUCCCCUUUCGAUCCGUCUCCUUUCUGUUGCAGCGGAGACUACAAGUCCCAGGAUGCCCCACUAGCCCGUGACCGGCCGGGAAAUAAAGAGCCUUCUCUCCGCGGUA